GGGGCAGCAAAAAAGUUAGAGCCGGCCCUGUUCACGGUUGACUUUCUUUUGCGUGUUAGUCCCCGUUCACUUGUAUAUGAUGGAAGCCAGAAAUACUUAAUCUUGAAGCCAUGGGGAGCAAAUGAAAUGAGACAGGAUUGGGCGUAAUUUGGUGUCACAGCUCCUCUGGGGGGGUUUAUGAACACCAAGAGGGAAGCCACGUGAGCUCUUAUUGCUUAACUUGGCUCAGUGUUUUCUCACCUGACUGCCUUUAAGCAGAUAUUUGCAUCUUUUUCUUCAGCAUGUGAGAUAGUUUAGAUCAGAGAAACGGUAGCUGAAGGGACAAUGGAAAUCUGGAUAGACCCUCAGAGAGGGAUGCUGUGAUUUCUUGUUUUCCGUACCCCCACCUGCAAACUCCCUUGAAAUAAGGGAGUGGAGUGAAGCAAAGGUAGUAAGGAAAGGCCUGUCUUUUGCAUGCACUCCAGAAGCAGUUAUAAGCUUCACAACUUCUUCAGUUACCUUAUGGACCACUUCACACCAAGCAGCAGCAAAGAGAGGGACUUCAUUAGCCGCAUGUUGACGGAGGAGGAAAGCUACAAAGACACAGAGCUGGAAAAACUCUGCGACUAUGAAUCUGUAGAGGUGCCAGAUUCCUACACUGGACCCCAUCUCUCCUUCCCACUGCUGCCUGAUCAUGCAACUGCCUUACUAGAAGCUUUCAAACAGAAACAUCAGCUCCACGCUCAUUAUGUCUUAAAACUCCUGCACGAGACCAGGAGACAUCUCAUGCAGCUGCCAAACAUCAAUCAUGUCUCCACCUGCUACAGCGAGGAGAUCACCGUCUGCGGAGACUUGCAUGGCCGGCUGGAUGACUUGUUUCUGAUAUUUUACAAGAACGGCCUUCCCUCCCCGGAGAAGUCCUAUGUGUUCAACGGGGAUUUUGUGGACCGAGGCAAACAGUCCGUUGAGAUCUUGAUCAUUCUCUUUGCCUUUCUCUUGGUGUACCCGAAGGAGGUUCAUCUGAACCGCGGAAACCACGAGGACCACAUGGUCAACUUACGCUAUGGUUUCACCAAGGAGGUCAUGCAAAAAUACAAGGUGCAUGGGAAGAAAAUUCUGAAGAUGCUCCAGAAUGUCUUUUGCUGGCUGCCACUGGCCACCUUAAUCGAUCAGAAAGUCUUGAUUCUACACGGCGGGGUGUCUGACAUGACUGACCUGGAGCUGCUGGCCAAAAUCCAAAGGCACAAGUUUGUUUCCGUGUUAAGGGGCAAAAAGAGAAAAGAGAAGAGUAGACGCGUGGACUCCAAAGCGAUAAACGGUGAGAGCCCUGUGGGUGUCGAUCCUCCAAGGAGCAGUUCGUUCCCUGGCUCAUGCCUCCAGCCUGGGCUAGCAAGCACUGCUAGCACGGCCAGCAGGACGGAGCUCUCCCAAUGGGUCCGGCAGACGGUCCAAGAGGAGCUGGAGAAGUGCCGCAGGCAGGUGGGGUUCUGUGAGACUCCGGGAGACAAGGAGCUCACCUGCGCCAGCUCUGUUACCGUGACCGAGUCAGAGCUGGAGUCCUGUGAAACAAGCGAGUCGAGCCAAGAAGAGUGGAAGCAGAUUGUAGAUAUAUUGUGGAGUGACCCCAUGCCUCAGGAGGGCUGUAAAAUGAAUACGGUGCGAGGAGGCGGCUGCUACUUUGGGCCGGAUGUGACGGAGAAGAUUCUCCAGAAGCACAGUCUGCAGUUCCUCAUCCGCUCUCAUGAGUGCAAGCAGGAAGGCUACGAGUUCUGCCACAAUCGAAAGGUACUGACCAUAUUUUCUGCUUCAAACUAUUAUGAGAUUGGCAGUAACAGAGGAGCCUAUGUGAAACUGGGGCCGGAUCUGAUCCCUCAUUUUGUGCAGUAUCAAGCUAACAAGACAGCCCAUACGUUAACUAUGAGACAAAGGAUCAGCAGAGUGGAGGAGUCAGCCUUCCGCGCGCUCAGGGAGAAGCUCUUUGCUCACACAUCGGACCUCAUCUGUGCAUUUAAGGGCUACGACCAGGAUGAAACCGGUACCAUCACACUGAGUGACUGGGCAACUGCGGUGGAGUCAGUCUUGCAUUUAGGACUGCCGUGGCGGAUGCUGAGGCCACAGCUGGUGCGCAGCACGGCCGGGGGCCUGCUGGAGUACAAAUCCUGGCUGGAUGACUUAGCUGUGGAGCAACGGAGCAAAGAGCACAUACAGUCAAGCUUGCUAGAAACCAUUUAUCGAAACAGAUCCAACCUGGAGACCAUCUUCAGGAUCAUAGAUAGCGAUCAUUCAGGGCUCAUUUCAUUUGAGGAAUUCAACCAGACCUGGAAGCUGUUCAGCUCCCACAUGAACAUUGAACUCACAGAUGACGGCAUUAGUGACCUGGCCCGCAGCAUAGAUUUCAACAAGGACGGAAACAUAGACUUCAACGAGUUCCUCGAGGCCUUCCGCCUCAUUGAACACACUCACUGUGACGAUAAAGCAGCAGAGAUGGCUGUUAGUGGCUGCCCCAAUAGCUAAGGAGUCUGAAAUGCCACAUGCAAUGCCUUUAGACUGUCUCCCAAGCUGCACAAUCCUUCACAAACGAAGGACAUGCCGGCAGCUCUGACAACCUGUGGGGAAGUAGAACUGAGUUACAUCUUAGACAUCUCAGCGUUGGCAGCAGUUACUGCCCCUGUUCCAUUUUUUGGUAUGAUAAUUGGCCAAAUAGGUAAGUUGUACUUUCAAAGGAAAUGGAGGGGAUUUGUUGAUCAAUAGUGGGGUUUUCUAACACUCUGCAAGGGUAUAGUGUAGGCUGUUACAGAAAUGUCAGUUAAUGGGGGUAAACUAUCAUUAAAAAGUUUGUGAAGUGGAAUUAUUAGGAAUAUCUACAGUAGCUGAAGUUGUUAAAGUAUCUAAUGAAGUACAAACCUAAGAACAGGGUGCAGGAGCUUUGUUUUUUAAAGCCCAGAAGCAACCAUUAAUGAUGAGCUAGAGUCUGACUUGUAUAAGUCAGGCCAUCGUGUGAAGUUUUAACUUCUCCAUGAUGCCCCCCCCCCUCUUUUUUUAAAUACAGUCUUGCUUUAAAGACGUCAAGUGAUGGAGAAUCUGCCACAGCCCUAGGAUAAGACACUCCAGUUGUUAAUCACCUUUCUAGUCUGACUUGGUUUAGCUUUAGCUAGUAGAUCUCUUUCUGCUAGAAAGAGUUAAAGUAUCUAUCUUGUAAGUUUAAGAGCUGCUAUACAGGGUCAGGUAAUUGACCCAUCACCACUACCUAGUGCUGCAGCGGAAAGUGAACACUUUCACAUAACAGUA